AUGGUGCGCGUGAAUACCGCGGCAAAACCCAGUAAAAACACGGGACGAAAAUGCAGCACAAGAACAAGCGUCAGAAGCGCACGACAAAACUGUGCGGUAAAAACGCGCGUCGAAAUGUUGCGAUAG